AUGUCCUAUUACGAGAACGCGCAGUGGGCUGCUGGCCAAGCCCAGCAUCAACAGAACAACUGGGACCUCCAGAGGACUGCCACUCCCGUCCGCACUGGUGCCAGCGCUCCCCAGCCUCAGGACGACUAUGCCUUUUCUUACCAGUUUGAUGAGGUUGAUCGCGCCCACGAGAACCUUCAAAAGUCUGGCAAGGGCUACGCCAUGGGCGGACGCCCAGGUCGUCCUCCCCACGGUCAGGGCUCCCGAUCCCACUCCGUCAACAACUUUGACGAACCCCGUGGCCCUCCUGGCCCCAACCUCCAAAACUUUUAUGCCUCUCAGAGACACCACCAGCCAUCCCGUGGCUCCAACGAUGCCGAGCAGGUGAUGCAGGCCAAGAGACGCAUGGCCGCACAGCGCGAACGAGAACUCCGAAACCUGCACACCGAGCAGCAAUACCAACGAACUGUCCUCGCCGACACCUCCCACAACUCUGCCGGCAACAACCAGAACAAUGCAAACAACGCCAACAACGCCAACAACGCCAACGGCAAUGCCAGCAACAACAGCAAGCACAUGUCCGAAGAGGAGACACGCGAGCUCAUUGCCCGCCAGCGCAGUGCUCUCUACGGCGAAGGCCCUUUCGCUGACAAGACGAGCUAUGUCGACGAGAGCGGCAACAUUCGCAAGGGCGCCCCCGGCCCCAGCGGCGCGUCCAGCCUCCGUGGCGCCUCUCCUAUGAACUUUGAUAGCAUCGGUCGUCCUCCGACUGAUGUGGGCACCCCUACCUCUGCCAAGGAGCAUGGCUCUGGCCAUAGCGAGCUGAGCCCUCGCCCAAACAGCACCACCAGCCCGCAGAGCGCUGCCCCGACCAACAAGGUCUUUGACAAUGCUGUCGGCGCUCAGAACCGUACUAGCACCUCUAGCCCUACCGGUGCAUCUCCUCCCCGCGACUUGGCCCCUGGCUCGAAGCCUGGCCAGCAAGGUGCAACAGUCGCCCCUAUCGGUACUCGCCCGGCCGGCACGCCUACCACUGCUGCUCAGGCCAAGCGUUCCACCACCCCUCUUGCCACCUCGGGCGGCUGGGGCCGUGGCAACGGUGUCUGGGGCCAGAGCUCUUCUGGUCUCGGUGCUCAGGCCAGCGUCUGGGGCUAA